AUGCUCGCGGCUGGCCUCACGUCGCGAAGUCCACAUUCUCACCGCCCAGUUCGGCUUCUCUGCAGCCCUGACUUGUUUUCGGAACACCUCCUCUCUGCGCCUCACUACCCUCCAGGGAGAGCAGGCAGCCACAUUUACAUAAUCGCCAGACUAACUCAUGCCUCGACUCGAGUCGGCCAGAGUGCUAUUUGGGUUUGCCCCACUACCCAUCUUCGUCUCUCUUGCUCGCUUGCACCCUCGUCUCCUUCGUCUCCAUGGCGCGUGGCCGGCUUUGUCGUUUGA